AUGUAUGCAACCCCCUGCAUGCAGCCAUCAUCUUACAACAACUCCUUAUGCUACAUUUCUCUAUUACCCACUCCAGGAUGCCCUGAAAUUGAAAGGCUACUCUGCCACCGUAGAAGCUCUUGGAAUAACUUUUUCCGCCGGCACCAACUCCUGUUGUUCCGGCACCAACUCCCAUUCUGGGUUUUUCCGACAGCAACUCCUAUUUUUCCGCCCCCCUUUCUCCUUCUUUUUCUUCUUCCUCCCCGCUCGUAUCUUCCUGAAAUGACAGGCGCCCAAUGGGGAAAUGGAAACAAUCCGAUUCUCACCGCCCGCAAUCAACUGACACGGAAGUUUCUCUCUGUUCUAAGAAGGAGCGCUGCUUUUUUCCCCCCAUGUUACCUUUUUUGUAUUUUUGUAUUUUUUUGUAUUUUUGUUUUUGUGUUUUGUUGUAUUUUUGUUUUUGUAUUUUUUUGUUUUUUUUGUUUUUUUUGUAUUUGUAUUUUUUUUUUCCAACCUCGGUUAUUUACAUAUUGUCUUUCUUUGGUAUAUGAAAUUUAA